CUUGAAAAGAUUGCGGGUUACGAUCGCAAAAGACGAAUAAUAGCCCAAAUACGAAUAGUUAAACGUCAACUUGAACCAUCGAAAAUUGGAAAGGAUACAACAAACACCAUAAGUCGUGUAUCGAAGGUAUAGAAUUUCAUCAUUUUUAUUAGUAAACAAAAUAUCUAGUUUAUUACUACUAUUUAAUACUACUUGCUACUAUUUAAACACUGCCCAUUGAUUGUAUAGACCGUUCGAGAUGGUUCGCCAGCUAAGUUACAAAAACAAAAUAACAGUAAAACCGUACACGAAGUUGAUUUCGUGAACUCGAAUCAGAUUGAUAACAAAUCUGUGGGGGGAAAAAAUACUAAGGACAAGUUUGAAAGUAUCCUAAAAAUAUUUCGUCAAGAAAGUUUUGAUCAAAAUAGUAGGCGUUCGUCUAAAGAAUCAAAUGGAUAUGAAAAAAUUGAAGGAUCGCCACAAUCUACGCCAAGAUCAAAUUUNAACCACCAAGAGAAAAUAAAAUACCUAUUGAUAUUUAUUCGGAGUUCUUUUAUACCAAUUAUAGUCGUAGAAACGGGUGAUACGAGCGAAGAUAUUGAAGCUCGUGCAUUAUCCAACAAGAUUUUAGGUGCAUCAGUAAUUCCUCAUGGAAUGGAACAAGGAGAAAUGUCUCCGAUUUCUAAUCAAACUGCAACGAAAAGCAGUGCUUCACUUGUAAACCAGGUUGAAAAACAAAGAGCUCAGGUACCUUUAUGACUAUAAUUAGUAUAGUCACUAUAUAAUAAUGAUACAUAGUUAAAAAAAAAAUACUAAUAGGUAGUAAUAACUUGGAACAAAUUUAGUAAAAAACCAUUGGGUAAUGCUUGAAAAUAUCCUCAGUGGAACAUUAUUAAAUACAUUUUAUUAUAGUUCACGCAUUUAUAUUAUCUAGGUACAUUACGUUAUAUAUGAAAUGUAUAACAUUUUAUAGAUUUCAAUAAAUGUAAUACAAAUUUAAAUAUCUCGAGGACUACAUAGUGUAAAAACAUUUUUCUUAUAGUUUAAUACAUUAGGAAGGUUAAAUUUAUUUUUCAGGUGCUUAGCUCCCAUCCCUUUGAGGGAUUUUAGUUAAAUUAAUUAUAACAUCAGUGAUGAUGUUAUAAUCGUUUUUUUUUUUUGUCGGUUGUUUAUUGUGUGUAGAACCUGACCUGGUUCGAAAGGUAUAGAUAGGCCCACGCUUACGGUAGAAUUUUUCAGGGGUAGCAUUUAAAAUUUUCGACUUAGUCUUUACGCGUAUAAGGGCUGGCAAAACUUAAGUUUACUUAUAGGUGUGUUAAAACGUUCGAGCCGGGCCUGUGUAGGAUCUAUACGGAAGUUUUACUCGCUAUAUAGGUCGUUACGGACGAGUUAAGGGUCGUCAUCUUCCCCUUUGCCGCUUUAUCGUCUUUUUCGGGUUAAUGCUCGGGACACGAUCAAGUCCGGAUUGCGAAGAAAAUCUUGACAGUAAACCAUUAUACUCGUUUGGUAAUAAUAAUUGAAUUCGUAUCGACCCAUUUUGUAUGAUUUCGGGCCGGUGAAAAUGCUAGCUCGGUGUAUACAGGUUUCGGUCCGACAAGUUAUAUGGGAUAUGGUUAUUUUUUUUUUUUUACAAUUUUUUUUUUAAAUGACUAAAACACUUAAAAUCAAUCAAUUACGUUCCUGCACGGGUCGAACUCGGAUCGGAGUCUGUAUAUUUUUACGCUACUCGGUCUUAGUCGGCGGGACCGAUUGCAUUAUUGUGCCAGUAAUGUUUCUCGCGGGUUUCGCACGUUUCGUAAUAUUUAUCGAACAUUUGACUAUUAAAACUGAUAGAUCACAUGUUAACAUGUUAAAAUAAUACUGACAAUAAAAAAAAAAAAAAGGAAAUCCGUUAUUAUGAAUCACAAAAUAUUGCGCAUGACACAAUUUACUAAUUGGUACUGGUUUUUUUUUUUUGUUUUUUUUUAGAAAUCUCCUGUGACCAGGAACAAUCUGAACAAAACGGAAUUCGACAAUAUCUGGAUCGAAAAACAAUUGCAUAUUUUGGUCAGUACAUAUGCUAUAUAAUAUAAUAUUAUUGUAUACCUACCGUUCGUUAAACACGUGUAAUCAUUACCGUGUAUUGGAUUUGACUGCGUUGUUAUUUUUUUUUAAUCGACGCGCGUUUAAUUAUCAUUUAUAUAGUUGGAGUCUUGCCCGGAUUAUGAUCAAAGGAGACAAAUCAGAGCCAGGUUAAGGCAAAUCAAGGCGGAGCACAAAGGUAAACGCACAUAAUAAUAUCAUAUUAACACGCAGUAUAAUUGACUUUUAAUUAUUAUUAUUUCACGUUAUUUCGUCGUUAUUCGCCGUUAUUUUAAAUAUAUUAAUUCCGCGUCGAGUUUCUGACAUCGUUUCACUAUAAUGUAAAUUCGUUAUCAAAUUUAGAUUAGAUUUUUUUUUUACUUUCGUGCAAAACGUUUGCUUUUAAAUAGAUGUAAUAUAAUGAUACGUGCGUAUGUAUAUAGGAAACGAGCAUUUUUAUGAACGUGGCGGGAUACACGGGACGAUAGCCGCGUGAGAGAAAAAAAGAGAACUUAAGACCCGCAUGACAUGCUGUCUCACUCCAAAUAACGUGCGAUAUAAAAAGAUCUACCUUACGCAGUCUUCUACGCUUAAUUUUGGUUUCACAGUAAAAGCACCUGUUGUCAAAUUAAAAGGGGGCAAUAUUCCGGAGGGCAAGACGAUACGUUUUUCCUAUUUUCUGGUUAUAACGUUCAAUACAUCGUUUACAAACGUGUCCCGAGUGAUAUCCAUAAAUAGUCCAUGAACAGGAUUAUUAUCAUAAUUAGCACGUAAUUCUCGAUUUUGUAAUUUUCUAAUCCAUACGGUUAUCGUUGCGUUCGUCUACACUGAUUGCAGAUUUACUGUUUGAUAUAAAUUAUUAUUUAAAAAAACAUACCUGGGAACAGUGUAAGACGGCUAUAAAACAGGAAAAUUCAUUUUUGUAUACUUUUAUAUUUUUUUUUACUUUGAAAGAAAAAUGCUUAAAGUAGCCGUUGGUGACCCCAACCUAAUGUAAUUAUUUCUAAACGUUGAAAUGACUGUCGUGUUUGUCUGACUGACGCGAACAAAAAAUGAUUUAUUUUCGAUUCUGAUCGAAGAUAAGAUUUUAAUUUUACAAAGAUGCGUGUGUGUGUCCCUUCAUUCUUAUCCGCUGGAAAAAAACUUUUUGACGAGUAAUAUGUUCCGAUUUUUCAGAGCAAAGCAAUUGGAGCAAUCAGUUCGGUUGCAUAAAGGCCACGUUUGAGCGGGGUACGCCGCAGACAACGGAAGUGUGUCCCAACAAAAAUAACGUGGCAAAACAAUAUUUGAACAACAUAUGCAAAUGUCCGUCGGAAAAUAGCAUUCCGUACAGGUCAAAAAAGAUCACGUCGUUCAAACCCGUGGGGUCGGACGAGAACGGAUUUUCGCACGUUGUCAAGUCCGUGUUUAAAGUGGCAGAGGCGGCCCAAAACCCGAUUGUGCCCGGACCUCUACCGCUCCAAAGCGGAAUUCUGGAUUUCUGGCAUCAAACGACGAUGGGCCAGCGCAAAGCGGCCUCCCGGUCGACUGCUGCCGGUGCGCCGACGGCGGUCGGCGAGAUGCAGCGGCCUCUCGUCAGUUCCGUAACCCCGUACGAGGGUUACUUGGCUGAAGAAGAAAUCACACACGAACAAGAUAUCGUCCGGAAACAUUUGCGGACAAACGAGUUACCCGUAAAACGGGCUUUGCCAAAAUUGGUCAAACUAAACGAUGACAUAAACAAAGUGGACGAAACAUUCGAAAUUCUUUUUAAAGAGUCCUCCAAAUAA